AUGGCCCCAACAACUCCUAACCCACACACCCACCCCUACACCUUCACCUUCACCCCCUUCCUCCAAAAAACCUACCAACACUCCCUCCCCCCACCCAGCAGCAACCCCCCCUCAGGCGACCAACAACAAUCCCAACCCAACAACAACAACAACACUGGCGGCUUCGGUUCCCUAGUCUGCAAACACUGGCUCCGCGGCCUCUGCAAAAAGGGCCUAACCUGCGAGUUCCUCCACGAGUACAACCUCCGCAAGAUGCCCGAAUGCAACUUCUUCGUCCGCAACGGCUACUGCUCCAACGGGGACGAGUGCCUCUACCUCCACAUCGACCCCUCUUCCAAACUUCCCCCCUGCCCCCACUACGACCGCGGGUUUUGCCCCUUGGGGCCAAAAUGCGACAAGAGACAUUUAAAGAGAAACAUAUGUCUAUACUACCUCGCGGGGUUCUGCCCGGACGGGAAGCAGUGCAGGCAGGGGGCGCAUCCAAGGUGGACGAGGGAUGAGCUGAUGGAGAAGCCUACUAUGAAGGUGGAGAAGACGGCGGAGGAGCUGGAGCGGGAGGAGCAGGAGAGGGAGAGGCAUAGGGAGCGGGAGAGGGAGAGGGAUAUGGAACGGCGGGCGGAGAGGGAUAGGGAGCGGGGUGGGGAUGGGGAUAGGCAUGAUAGGGGGCAUGACAAGGGGGGGAGGUUUGGGAGGGGGGGGGGGAGGUGGGGUGGGAAGAGGGGGGGGGUAUAG